UACCCCAAACCCCACUUCAGUUCACUAGCCCACCCCUCUCGUCCUGUCUCCCGUUCUUCUCCGACCACCCGCCUCGCCGGCCGCCACCUUCCCAUUCACCGCCCCGCCGGCCGCCACCCACCGCUUCCGCCUUCCCAUUUACCACCCCGCCGCCGCAAUAAGACCACACAACAUACCUCUCCGACCAAUACAUGCUCCAGAGAUGCCGCUUACUCCGGCCUGUUUCCUUCCGCCGCCGCCCCAUCCACUCCUCCGCUCCGCCCCAAGCCGACGGCGAGGUCGGCGCCGCGACCGACCCCACUCUACUGGGCCGUCUCACUCGCCUCCUCCUCCUCCACCGCUUCCCCGCCGUUUCCCGCCUCCUCUCCUCCUCCCCGCUCACACACGCACUCCUCCACGCCGCCCUCCGCCGCGUCCGCCUCGACCCGGACGCCGCCCUCCACCUCUUCCGCCUUGCUCCGUACCGCCCGUCCCUCCUCGCCCACGCCCAGCUCCUCCACAUCCUCGCCCACGCCCGCCGCCUGCCCGCCGCGCGUGACCUCGUCGCCUCGCUCCUCUCCGCCCGCUCCAGCUCCGCAGCCCCGUCCCUCUUCCCCCACCUCGCCGAGGUGUACAAAGACUUCUCCUUCUCCGCCGCCUCCUUCGACCUGCUCCUCCGAGCCCACGCAGACGCUGGCCAGCUUACCGACGCCCUCCACGUGUUCGAUGAAAUGGGGAAGUUUGGGUGCCGUCGCACCCUGCGAUCCUGCAACCGCCUGCUUAACCAGCUAGUGCAGGCUGGGGAUGUGGGCACCGCGGUGGCUGUGUUUGAGCAGAUGCGGUGCGAUGGUACCCUGCCGGACGAGUUCACGGUGGCCAUCAUGGCGAAGGCAUACUGCAGGGAUGGGAGGGUGACACAGGCAGUGGAUUUCGUGCAGGACAUGGAGAGGAUGGGCGUGGAGGUGAACCUGGUGGCAUAUCAUGCGGUUAUGGAUGGGUAUUGCGGAGUAGGACAGACCGAGGCUGCGAGAAGGGUUUUGCUGUCACUGGAGUCUAAGGGUCUGUCACCGAAUGUGGUGACAUAUACCUUACUUGUAAAGGGUUACUGCAAGGAGGGGAGGAUGGAGGAGGCUGAGAGGGUUGUAAGGGAAAUGACAGAAAAUGAGAAGAUUGUGGUUGACGAGGUAGCCUAUGGUGCGGUGAUCAAUGGCUAUUGCCAAAGGGGAAGAAUGGAAGAUGCCAACAGGGUAAGAGCUGAGAUGAUUGAUGUCGGACUGCAGGUUAAUUUGUUUGUGUACAACACACUGAUCAAUGGAUAUUGCAAGUUGGGGAGGAUGGUUGAAGUAGAGGAACUUUUACAGGAAAUGGAGGAUAGAGGGGUGCGUCUGGAUAAAUAUAGUUACAAUACUCUAGUAGAUGGGUAUUGCAGAAAUGGUUCCAUGAACAAGGCAUUUGGAACCUGUGAUAUGAUGGUAAGGAAUGGGUUCGCAGGGACAACACUAACAUAUAACACGCUAUUGAAUGGUUUUUGCUCGUGUGGUGCUAUUGAUGAUGCACUUAAAUUGUGGUUCUUGAUGUUGAAGAGGGGAGUAGCGCCUAAUGAAAUUAGCUGUAGCACACUGUUGGAUGGUUUCUUCAAAGCAGGUAAAACCGAGAAGGCCUUGAACCUUUGGAAGGAAACCUUAGCAAGGGGUUUGGGGAGAAACGUGGUUACAAUUAACACGGUUAUUAAUGGGUUGUGUAAGAUUAGGAGGAUGGUUGAAGCAGAGGAGCUAUUUGGUAGGAUGAAGGAAUGGAGGUGUCCUGCUGACAGCUUGACUUACAGAACACUAAUUGAUGGUUACUGUAAAAUAGGUGACCUGGAUAGAGCUACUCAAAUUAGGGUUGACAUGGAACAUUUAGGCUUUGUUCCUUCAGUUGAAAUGUUCAAUUCUUUCAUAACCGGAUUCUUUGUAGCUAGGCAAAGUGGCAAGGUGAAUGAUAUCGUUGUUGAAAUGACUGCAAAGGGACUUUCUCCUAAUACAGUCACUUAUGGAGCCCUGAUAGCUGGAUGGUGUAAUGAGGGCAAUCUGCAUGAUGCCUAUAAUUUGUAUUUUGAAAUGGUCGAGAAAGGUCUGGCUCCAAAUCUCUUCAUCUGCAGUGCUUUAGUGAGCUGUUUCUAUAGACAGGGAAAGGUUGAUGAGGCAAAUUUGGUGUUGCAAAAGCUUGUCGGUACAAACAUGAUUCCAGACUGCAGUGCAAGCACGCUUGAUAUUGGUAAAGUAGCACAUGUCAUUGAAUCUCUUGCUGGUGGAAAUCACCAGUCUGCAAAAAUUAUGUGGAACAUUGUUAUUUUUGGGCUGUGCAAAUUGGGUAGAGUUUCAGAUGCUAGAAAUUUGUUUGAGGAUCUGAAAGUAAAGGGAUUCGUUCCUGAUAACUACACUUAUUCUAGCCUCAUUCAUGGUUGCUCUGCCUCAGGUUUUGUCGAUGUAGCUUUUGGCCUGAGGGAUGCGAUGUUGGGCGUCGGUCUUACUCCAAAUAUUGUAACAUACAAUUCUCUCAUCUAUGGCCUCUGCAAGUCUGGGAAUGUUCAAAGGGCAGUUAGUCUUUUCAGUAAGUUGCAAUCAAAGGGUAUGUCCCCUAAUGCUAUCACCUAUAAUACCCUGAUUGAUGGACAUUGCAAGGAUGGUAAUACAACUGAAGCCUUCAAGUUAAAACAAAAGAUGAUCGAGCAAGGUAUUCAGCCUAAUGUAUUCACCUAUUCUAUACUGAUCCAUGGUCUCUGUACUCAAGGGUAUAUGGAAGAAGCAAUCAAGCUUCUGGAUCAAAUGAUUGAGAAUAAUGUGGAUCCAAAUUAUGUUACAUAUUGGACACUGAUUCAAGGUUAUGUUCGGUGUGGUAAUAUGAAAGAGAUUUCCAAGCUUUACAAUGAGAUGCAUAUCCGUGGACUUCUGCCUGCCAAUGGUCACUGUCUCGAGAGGUUUUAAAGGUGGUGGAUAUCAUGCAAACUUCUCCAGUCAAGAAGAGGAUGAAGACAGUUCUCAGAGCUUCCUGGCGUCAUCGGAGGUGGCCUCGUCGAAGAUGACAGUCAGUUUCUUGCAGAUAAGGUGCUUUUCCUUUGUAAGGAUGUCGGCCUGCAUCGCUGCUGGCUUGCUGACGAUGUGCGUGCUCUGGUGGACGGAGCCUAGGGAGACACGAAUCUUGUGUCGGUGAGGUGGGAAAUGAAUAAUAUUCAUGUACAGAGCUUACACUGGGGGAUCAUUCAGACAAUAGCUUUGGUAACGUUAAAGUGCAAAGUUGUUGCAUCUUUCAAGUAUUUUUGUUACUAUUUUGUAACAUGUUGCUGUUCUAUAUUGUUUUUGCAUUUUAUUGGCAACUAACACUCUUACUAUCAGCAAAUGCUUUAUUUA